AUGACAAGUAAAUAUAGGUGCCAGCAUGAUAAAUUUUCGUUAAAACAAUUAAAAAAAAGAGGAUUCAGUCUUUACCUUGAUGAAUUAUUUGACAAAGAUGAGUUUCCAAAUAUUGGCUACUGUACCGAGGAAUGUAAAGAAAAAAUGAAAGAGAUUUAUAGGAUAACCUUUGAACAAUAUCUCGAAAUAAUAAAUAAAUAUUACAAUGAUAGCAGAAUUUUUGAUUAUAACUUAGAAAACAACCCUGAAGAAUGUGAUCUUUGGAUGUAUCGAGAAUUUUUAAGUGCUCGACCCCCCCUCUCACCUCAAGAUGAAUAUGCUAGAAUGGCAAUAAAAGCAAUGAAAGUUGGUAUUCAAGAUGGAAAGCCUGUUAGAUUAUGUGAAUUGCAGCCUGGUGUACAAUGUGAUUUCGAUGCAACAAACCUACCUGGCUCUGAAGAAGAUGAAAGAGAAAAAUAA